AUGGCGUGGAAAGACCAUCUCAAGCGUCUCAAGAAUGAAUUCCAAAACCUAGUCGGUGAGCCAGAAGCUCAGAACCAGAACCAGAACCAGAACCAGAACCAGUACCAGUACCAGAAUCAAAAUCAGCAAUAUUACCCCCCACCGCCUCCUCCUCCUCAAGAGCAUCAGCAACAGCCCAUGGGUGGCGGCCAGAACCAGAGUCAGCAAGGACACGUCUACUGGCAGCCCCAAUUCCGCACCGACGCCCCCGUUACUUCGGAGUGGGACGCAAAGAUCGGUAACGGCCCGGACGGCUGGGGUAAUCAGGAGCUACAGCACUACACCGCCGAUCAACAAAACGCCUUCCACACUCCUGAUGGAAAGCUUGUUUUGCGUGCCAUUGCAAACAAUGCAGAAUCCAACAACGAGAAGCGGUAUACGUCUGCCAGACUCGUGAGUCGUCAGACGCUAUCUCGCGACCAAGGCGUCCUCACCGCCUGGCUCACUUCGCCAUGCGCGACAGGUAUUUGGCCUGCAUUCUGGCUUCUGCCGCGGGAGCCCUUUUCCUGGCCCACUGAUGGAGAAGUCGACAUAGCGGAGACGUGGAACGGCGACUUGGAGAACCACUCGUGUCUCCACUGGGGCCACCACCAUGAGCCGGACAAGCACCGCGUUCUUGGCACCAAGAUUCCCGACAUGCAGUAUCGGGCUGUGCGGUAUGACCUGGCGUGGCUUCAGCCAGGUGGACAAGCUGGCCAGGGUAGGAUGGUCUGGUACAUUGACGGCAGACCUGUCAUGAAGGGCGAGAUUCCUGCGGGGACGAGGCCGAUGAGGGACAUGAAUAUUCUUUUGAAUGUUGCCAUGGGCGGAAAUGUUUGCGGUGGCAAGACACCCUCGGAUGGACAGUACGAUAUGGUUGUGCACAGUCUGUAUAUGGGGAGUGAGCCUGAGCAUGGAGGAUGGCAUAGAUUCGAGUCUGAUUGGGCUGCUGCUCCUAUGGGUAACACGUACUAG